GCUAGGAAUAGAAGACUUAGAAGUAUACUCUACAAAGGAACCUGAAGGAUCAGAGUGGAUGGAAAACAUUGACCCUUCCCCAACCUAACCCACGCAACUUACCUCAAUGUCUUGGUUCUUUAAGUCCUUCCCGGCCGACGCCGACCGUCACUCGCCGUCCUCAUCCGCCGCUCAAGGCCCCGGCGUCAAGGAUGACCUCUCCGUGCUCGGGGAGGCAAUCGGCCGCCAAUUGAGGGGCGUAGCCGCCUUUCUGGCUCCACCGCCGUCUGUUGCGGCGGCAGGGCGAGAUGAAGUAGCGGAGGAAGGACAGCAAAAGCAGCAGUCUCAUGCGCUGUACGGAAUCCGGAACGAUCUAGUGGAGAUCGGGGACAGCUUCAAGAGCGGACUCUCACGGCUGUCGAGUAAUAAGGCGGUUUCUGGGAUCUCGAGAUUCGCUUCUAGUUUCUUGCAGCUACGGAAUCGGGAUGAUCAAGAGGAUGACGAUGAUGGGAUUCCAGGGAUUACAGAGGAGGUUGUUGAUUUCGUUAAAGAAAUUUCGUUGCGGCCGGAGUGCUGGACGGAUUUUCCCUUGUCACUAGAUAAUGAUUUUAAAAUGUCUGCUGCUCAGAGAGAACAUGCUUUGAAUAUUCAACACUUGGUCCCAAGUUUUUCUGCUCUUAGGUUUAACCUUCAGAGUUCCAUGGCGGAGGAACGAUUUUGGAUGAUAUAUUUCAUAUUUUUGCUUCCAAGACUAAAUGAAUAUGAUUUUGAGCUACUAUCGACCCCUGAGGUUGUUGCAACUAGAGAUGUACUACUGCAGAAGUUGCAUGACAAUAGAAAUUCACAGGUGAAGAACUCUGAUACUUGUGAUGCAUGGCAAGAGAGCUGCAACGUCAGAGAGACAUAUCGAGAGAAUAUCCCUUCUGGGGAAAGGGUUGUUACUGAGAUCACAAAUGCAGCACAGGGUUUAGAGAUUGAGGAUGAAGAUAAUACUCUGAAAUGGUGGGAAGAAGCUGAUAUUUCUAGUGACACAUCUGUGGUUGCCCGGAGGAAGAAUGAAAAUGAAGAAGAUGCCUCCUUCAGUGAUCUGGAAGAUGACAAUAAUGAUCAUUCAGAUAAACCAUCAACACUUAAAUUAACAAAGCACAUUAAAGCUUCCCCUAGUGGUUCCAACGAGUGGGUUCAGCUAAAUUCAAGUCCUGAAAAGAGUGGCUUGCAGAAACCACGCCAAUCAACUUCUGAAGGUGAGUCAAGUGACUGGCUUGCUGUGGAUGAUUUUGAUUAGACAACCGAGCAACCGAUGGUCUAAGUUACUGUAAAGCUUCAUCAGCCAUUCUCCUUUCAACUCCGAACUAAUGGGUAUCAGCCUAUUACAACUGUCCUUAUUUUAGACUAAUAAUUUGGUCAAUAUCAUCUCCAAGGUCACCGGUUUCCAUGCCAUUACAUUUAUGUGUACAUAAUUGAAGUCAACAUGUUUCCACGUUAAUGAAAUUAACAAUUUAUCAUCUUGGCUGGUCGUAUUUGUUCAUUUCUUUGUUGCAGUGAUUAAUCUGCGUAAUAAUCCCUUUUAAAGUUC